UUGAAACACGUGACACAAACACUGUCAUGGCGGCCUCCGCAGCAGCCCGGAGAAGCAUGGGGCUGACUUUGGGACUUUUCCGGCUUGGGAAUUUUAAUUUUCACAGGAUAAAUAGUUGCAUUCACGUUGUUUAUGGGUCCGCGACGGGAGACUCCAUAUGCCGUCUUCGGAUCCCUAAUAGGAGUCUGCAAACGUCUAAAAGUCUGUGUCACUCUGAAGGCGAAGACGCACAAGAUGAUGAUCCCAGGGAUGUGGUUAAUGUGGUCUUUAUAGACCGAUCAGGAAACAGAGUUCCCGUGAAGGCUAAGGUUGGAGAUAAUGUCUUGUACCUGGCGCACCAGCAUGGCAUUGAUUUGGAAGGAGCCUGCGAUGCCUCACUAGCCUGUUCCACAUGCCACGUGUACGUGAAGUCGGAGUAUUAUGACAAACUUCCACAACCUGAUGAAAGGGAGGAUGACAUGCUAGAUAUGGCACCUGUACUGCAGGAAAACUCUCGCCUGGGCUGCCAGCUCAUCCUGACUCCGGAGCUUGACGGCAUUGAGUUGACACUUCCCAGGGUCACCCGCAACUUCUAUGUCGACGGUCAUGUACCCAAGCACCAUUGAAAGGCCGGGGAAGCCUCCUUAUUUUAGACGUUCUUCUGCACGUGUAGGAGGGGCAGGUCAGGGAAGGUGGCCUUGCAGUUCCCACAGGCCUUCGAGAGAGGAACCCAGUGCCAGACAGAAACGCACAGCGGAUGGAUGAGUUUAGAAUCAAAACUGGAUUGUUCCCUGGGAUCAUCAUCUUGUUCUCCUGAUCCUUAGAUGCCAAAGUGAAAGAUUUCCAUACAGAAGAUGCUUAAGAGUACGAGUUUGAAUGGGGAGGACUGUACUUGUGUGUGUGUGUGUGUGUCUGUGUGUGUGCACAAAUUGUUCAAGGCUGCAAAGUGUGGAUCUCUGAAAAAGUUAAUAUUUUACGAUCUCAACAGAAGCAUAAACGCUCUUAGACAAAGUCAGAGUUUAGGGGAACCUUUAUAAAAGUCAGGUGCCCAAAUUUGGUCCUGGGGUAAGCUCACCAAUUAGCUAAAAUUCAUAAAAACAUGCACAGAAUUAGUUGUCCUGAACUUGAUGGCAUUUGAAUAGUUACGAAGUUUAGCUUAACAUCUAAGUAAAAUUCGGGCCACCAUGACUGAUCGGUGUUUGGAAGGCUGGACAAGAUGUUAAUUUAGCUGUGAGAGGGACGGGCGCUCGUUAAAGACGACUCGUUAAAGACGACGGCCAUCUUACCAUUCCACUCGAGGGGGUCCGAGGAUGACGAGCGAGGGACUACGCUUUCACAGCCCCGGAGUCUCACCACUUUCAUGGACCCGAGACCCAGCGUGGCUGGCUUUGAACGACACAUUCCACAGUACAGCGGUCAGGCAUAAAAAGGCAAACGCACAACAUGAGCACUUGCAGUAUGUGUGACGCAAACAAUAGGACACGUCGGCACUGUUUAUCACUGUGACAAGAGCAGCUUCAUCCUGAGUCAUCUAAUCUUAACUCUUACCAGGCUUACUUCGCUUUAUCUUAAAUGUCAGCUGGUAUUUCACCUGAACUGAAGUCCAUCAAACAUAAUAGUCGUAGUAUAUGCAUCUUUAAUAUAACUUUGGUCAGUUGCAAACAAGUUCUUUUGGACUCUGGAGGGGGGGGGGUUGGUUUUGGCUCAUUGUUACAUCACAAGCUUCUAGCAAAAUCGCGCUGGCCAACACAGAAAAUGACAAGUUUACAACUAGGCAGUUACCAACUCCAUCUUAAUAGAGAAGUCCCUAUGAGUCUCAGGGGAGAACAAGUAUCUUUAAAAGGUUUACAUCAGUUCUGGUCCUGGAGGACCAGAAUCCAACACAGUUUCCAGAUUUCCCUGCUCAAACACACCUACUAACUCGGAUAAAUAACUGAUCAAGAUGUGUAUUCGGUAGGGAAAUCUGCAAACUGUUGGAUGCUGGUCCUUCCAGACUGGAACUGGAAGACCUUGGCCUACACCAAUGCAAACUCAGAUAUGCGCAAGUUCCGUCUGUGGGUGUGAUUUGGUGUCUCAGUACCAGUUCAUUGUGAAAAUGAGCAAAUUAGAAGACACUCAUCACACCAAUUAGCCAUUCUAACAGCUGCAGAAUGUACAUUUUAGUUAACAUGUUAACUAAUGUUUUGCUUUUCAGGGUUAUGGUAUAACUUGGUACAAAUGCAGCUUCAGGAAGGAAAGCCGAUGUUUAUGACUUACAUGUUGUCCAAGCUGAGUCUCUCCCAUCACCCUUUUAUUAAAAUGUACUGCAAAUUGUCAAGCAACAUACGCACAAAUGUUUAAUAUAUUUAAUGAGUUGCAGGCCAUGACAUUGUUUUUGACCUGUGGAAUAAAAAAACAGUCAUACCAAUAAUAA